AUGAGUAGUCCACCACUCCUAUUCAAGGUACUCAAUGGGCACUUGAUGAUCUACUGUUCAGUCUGGGAUAAGGGUCAGUCUGGGAGUUUCCUGAAGGCAAGUUUCCAUGGGACAAGGAUUGAAGCACAACUGGCAGAAUAUCAUAAGCUUGCUCGAAAAUUAAAACUUAUACCAAAGAUUGCAGAGGAUUACAAGGGUUAUGACUUCGAAAUUAAGUUUAAUCCUGAGGCCGGUAAAAACUAUCUUGUCAAAUAUAGGACUCAAAUCUAUAUUCCACUCAAGGAGCUCCUGAACCAAAAUGAAGAAGGAAUAAGCAAAGUACUACAUAAAAAAAUGGGUUCAGAAGAGACCCUAGAACAGGUGAACACAAUGGUAACAGAAGUGAAGAGGAAUGUAAAAAUGUUAAACGAUGAAGUCCAAAAACUAAAGGAUCUUAAACAACAAAAAAUUAAGGAAGCUGAAGAGAAAGAAAGAAAAUGUUCUACUGAGGUGGAGUCCCUUGAAAAGCAUAAGCAUUUACUUGAAAAUGGAGUUCAUGAAGGCCUCAGUGAAGCCAUGAGUGAAUUAGACGACAUUCAACAGCAACGCCAGCUGGUAUUACAAACAACAACUGAAGAAAGACGAAAAGUGAGCAAUAACUUACAACGUCUCCUAGAAAUGGUUGCUACCCAUGUUGGAUCUGUUGAAAAGCACUUUGAAGAGCAAAUUGUUAGAGUAGACAAAGAGUGUGAAGAAUUCAUUGCCGAAAUUUCCUUGAAAAAUAUUAAAGAAAUCGUAGACAAGUACAAAACGAAAGCUUCUGUUAUCUCUUCCAGUGAAUGA